UUUCCUUUUUUUUUUCUCAACUCUCUCUCUCUCUCUCUCUCUCUCUCUCUCUCCCUCCCUCCCCUUCAUCCUUCCUCUGGAAGUUUUAUGGUCUCCCUUCAGUCACUGCCUCCUCUCCACAGUCACACAUUCGCUUUUCCCUUUCCUACAGUAAUAAACUACCACUAUUUGUUUUCGUCUUCCUCAAGAAGACACUCCCCGGUUCGUAAGUCACACCCUCUGAAAGCCGUUAGGUUUCUGUUUGGUUCAAAUGUUGGGGACCAAACAAGAUUCAACAGUUUUAUACGACCACCCCUCCGAAACCUUCACCGGUGUUCGUUUUGUUCUCCUUGGAUUCGAUCCCAUCAACGCCCAAAAGGUCAGAUCGAAGCUUGUUAAUGGCGGUGGUGUUGAUGUUUGUCAUUACGGCCCCCAUUGCACUCAUGUCAUCGUCGACAAGCUUGUUUAUGAUGAUCCUAUGUGUGUUGCUGCUCGAGCAGAUGGAAAGGUUUUAGUCACUGGGUUAUGGGUUGAUCAUAGUUUUGAUAUCGGCAUGCCUGUUGAUCCCACAUCUGUUAUGUAUAGACCUUCAACAGAUUUGGAUGGAAUUCCGGGUGCUAAGUCUCUCGUAGUUUGCCUGACUGGCUACCAAAGGCAAGAUCGAGACGAUAUUAUGACAAUGGUUGGGCUAAUGGGGGCAACUUUUUCAAAGCCGCUGGUGGCCAACAAAGUUACUCAUCUCAUAUGCUACAAAUAUGAAGGUGAGAAGUAUGAGCUUGCCAAAAAAAUGAAAAAGAUAAAGCUUGUUAAUCAUCGAUGGUUGGAAGACUGUUUGAGGGCCUGGGAAAUACUUCCAGAAGCUGACUAUGAUAAAAGUGGUUAUGAAUUGGAGAUGUUGGAGGCCGAAGCUAAAGAUUCUGAAGAAGAAGCACAUGAGAUUCCUAUGAAGCAAUUUGGGGAAAGUAAAAUCAAUGUUAGUCCUCAUAACUUACAUAUUGGGACAUUAAGGGUCCAUCCAUCACCCCUAUCAAAGGAGGAAGUCUCGAGGAACCUGCUAGCAACAAGUGCAUCUGAAGAUUCAUCAAAAACUGCCAAUAAUAUCAAUGCCGUAUUUGCCACUGCAGAAGAGACCCUACCUGUUAAAGCUUCGAACUCGCAACAUAUCCAUAAAAAGCAUCCUGAGGUGCCUUGUUUUCAGGACACCAGAACUCUUGGAGAUGUUAGCUGUGGGGAGCCAUCUGAGCAGCCAAUUAACUCACACGAAUGGACACCAACUUCUGCCAAGGCUGGAACUGAAUUGACUUCUACUUCCGGAAGUGCUAAGAUGUCCCCUUAUUCUGAUGCAGCAAAGUCAACUGUUAAUUACUCGAGCAAGACCCCCAGGAGAAACACACUUUCAGUGUUAUCGGCGGAAAUUGCUAAAAAUUUAAGUAAUACUUCUGAGGUGGAUAUAGAUAAGUCAAAUGUCAGUGUUGGUUUUGGUUUCAGUAUCUCUUCAUCCAAAGCAGAACAGGCUGGGGGUAAAACUGACUCUGGAUUUAUUCCUUCCAAGAAAACUGUGUUAUGUGACGAAGGUGGCAAAAGUGAUACGCUCCCUGAAAAGAGGAAGAUGGAUGUUUCUUAUGGUAGCUCAAAAUCACAAAAGAUGAGCGGAAGUCCUUUAGUGAAUGAUAAGACUGAAGGUUCAGAACCAGCAGUCCUGGUAAAUGGUGCAUUAGAUGAGAAUGCUUCUCUGGGUUCCGGACAUAAAUCUUCGCCCGACCAGACAAAUUUGUCAAGCUUUGACAGAAAGAUGAGCGGAAGUCCUUUAGUGAAUGAUAAGACUGAAGGUUCAGAACCAGCAGUCCUGGUAAAUGGUGCAUUAGAUGAGAAUGCUUCUCUGGGUCCCGGACAUGAAUCUCUGCUCGACCUUGGAAAGACAAAUUUGUCAAGCUUUGACAGAAAAUCAUUGUCGAAGCCUGUUGUGAACGCUGUCACCUGGGAGAGUAGGCAUGAGGACAACUUGGAGGCACUUCAAACGUCCUUCACUGGAUUAGAUGACGUGAGUUUUGUGAGUGAGCCUGGCAUUAAAGAUGUCAUGAAUGGGGAAGCUAUCCGGGUCGUGUCUCCAAAAACUGGAAGGUUAGAUGUCAAGAAAUCUGUUAGUCCGAGCUUGGACAAAGGUGAAAAUGCAGACUCAAUUUCAAAACCAUCUAGGAGGAAGAUGAUUGCCAAGAAGAGUUUGGGUUCCAGACCAAGAUUAGGUCCUGGCAAUACCAAAAAUCAGAAAGGCCCCAUCUGCCGAAACAAAACUGCCUUGCAAUCUGACGUUGUGACUACUUUGGUUGGAGGGAAAGAGACUGCAAAUACGAAGAUUGAUAAUUCUGGGAUUGUUGAAAUGAUUACUUCAACUGUUAAUGUUGAAGAAUCAGGGAAGGAACCAGAGAAUAAGACAGGAUCCAUGGAUGAUGAAACUGAGGCUCCAGAGGACAAAGAGGAAAAUGAGUUUGAAGCGGAAGAGAAGCCUAGAGACGUGGAUGGCAGUCCCACAAAUAAGAUGAGUAAAGUCAUGAAUGACAAAUCGGAGGAUGAGCAGCCUACACCAAUUAGAGCUAGUGCUACCACGUUUAGUUCACUUGACCUAACAAAAACAUCAGAUCAAGAUGGGAAUGGAGCUGAACUUGAAAAGGCAGUUCACGGCAGGAAUCAAAAGCCCGACAAAUCAACCAUUAAAGAGGAUGGUGAGAAAGAAAAAUCAACUGAAUGGAGAAAACGUCCAUUGAGUAAAACUUGGAGAAAGUCUGUUCCAUCUGAUGAGGAGAGGAGAAAAUCAGAUGAAGGUGUGAGUGGAGAUGAGUCCAGAAGUAAAAAGAAUACUAAGAAGAUUGGAAAGGACAAAGAUAAAAGAAUUCCAUCUCCUAUUGGUAAAACCAAGAAAGCUGUACCUUUAAGUAAGCCAGUGAACUCCAUGGACAUAGAGAAGGAAAAUCGGCCUGUUGGUGUUGGAGAUCAAAAUGUCUGUCAUAGUGAGCAACAGCCCACGAAGAUCGAUCUGAACACUGUUGUCACUAAUCGGGAUUCAACAACAGUGAAAAGGAUUCUAAAAGUGAAAGUUGAACCUGUGUGGUUCAUACUAAGUGGGCAUAGGCUACAAAGAAAGGAAUUUCAGCAGGUUAUUAGGCGUUUGAAAGGAAGGGUCUGCAGAGAUUCACAUCAGUGGUCGUAUCAGGCUACACACUUCCUUGUUCCAGAUCCGAUACGUAGGACAGAAAAGUUUUUUGCUGCUGCAGCAUCGGGAAGGUGGAUUCUGAAUACUGAUUACUUAACUGCCAGCAAUCAAGCGGGAAGAUUGUUAGCAGAAGAGCCUUAUGAGUGGCACAAAACUGCUCUAAGUGAAGAUGGUGCAAUCAACUUGGAGGCUCCAAGGAAGUGGCGACUUUUGAGGGAGAGAACUGGCCAUGGUGCCUUCUACGGAAUGCGCGUUGUCAUAUAUGGAGAAUGCAUUGCCCCACCUUUGGACACCCUGAAGCGUGUGAUCAGAGCUGGGGAUGGGACCAUAUUAGCCACCUCUCCCCCUUACACCCGCUACCUCGAAGCUGGAGUUGACUUUGCCAUUGUUAGCCCCGGAAUGCCACGUGUUGAUAUGUGGGUACAAGAGUUCUUAAGACACGAGAUACCCUGUGUUUUAGCCGAUUAUUUGGUGGAGUUUGUUUGUAAGCCUGGUUAUUCCCUUGAGAGACAUGUUCAAUACAAUAGUCAUGCUUGGGCAGAAAGGUCAUUUGCCAACUUGCUGCGUCGGUUAGAAGAGGUGGUUGUUGUUGAGGAGCAGGGACUUAUUUAUGAUCUACCGUGCCAAAUUUGUGGGUCUCGUGAUAGAGGAGAGGUUAUGUUGAUUUGUGGGGACGAAAGUGGUUCUACUGGUUGUGGUGUUGGCACUCAUAUUGAUUGCUGCAAUCCUCCACUUGAACAUGUACCAGAUGAAGACUGGUUUUGCACUAAGUGUAGUGAGAGCAGAAACAAUGCGAGCCAUCCUAAUAGCACCAAGAAAAGAACCUCUGUAUCAAAGGGCAAAUGAAAUAACUUUUGUUUCCUUGUACGUACUGAUUUCUUUGCUUUGAUAGUAAUUUUCUAGUCAGUAAACUUUAUUUUGCUAUUGUUUCUUGUCAAUGUGGAAUUUGUAGCUGCCUUCUAAGGAUCGGAACUAUUGCAAAUAAGCUUCUGCUGCCUUAGAACAGUCGAAAUAGCAUAUGAUAUUUAUGUCCCA